AUUCCAACCACUUCACUGUUGCCUCGAUCGGCUUAGUGGGAGGACUCUCGCUUUCCUGGAGAGAUGACAUUCAGGUUGAAAUCCUUUACUCCUCAGCUAACGUUAUAGAUACUAUAAUUUUUGCACAGGAUAUUUCCAACUUCGUUUCCUUCAUCUAUAGGGCGCCCAACCCAGUAGAUCGCUCCAAUUUUGGAGUAAACUGACGAAACUAGGAGUGGAAAUAGACGAAUCCUGGCUAUUGACGGGAGACUUCAACAACCUCCUCAACAAUUCUAAAAAGCCAGAGGUCCUGCUCGUUGGGAAGGAUCUUUCCUAUCUUUCAGAAGUUUCGUAUCUCAGAUGAGCUUAUGGGAUCUUCAACAUUCCGGGAAUCACUUAUCUUGGAGUGGAACAAAAUACAGUCACUUCAUCCAAUCACGCUUAGAUCGGGCAAUGGCAAACGUCUCAUGGUCAGAACAUUUCCAGAUGGACAUUGUGAGUAUCUACGUUUUGAAGGUUCGGAUCACCGCCCCAUUGUAGUCCAUUUUGACGUAUCGCUCAAGAAAAAAGAAGGGCUUGUUUAGGUUUGACAUGUCUCAAACAUAUGCAUGAAAUACGGUAAAUCGUCGAUGAGUAGUGGCAGAUUGACCACUUGGCUUCGGUGUUGGAGAAGAUCUGCAAAAUCAGACACAACCUCAUCCUUUAGGUGAGAGAAAAAAACUUAAAAAGCAACUUAGCGAUUCAAAACACUCGGAGGGAGCUGGAGAAAGCACUGCCUAGAUAGUUCAUCUCCAAAUCCGGAGAUAAUUGGUUCCCUUACAGCAGUGUUGGAAGAAGUUUACAAGGAGGAAGAGUUGUAUUGGAGACAACCAAGCCGUAUUCAGUGGCUCAACAAUGGAGACCGGAACACCACUUUCUUCCAUGCUGCGACUCGGGGUAGAAGAGUCAUUAACAAGUUUUAUAUCAUCCGAAAUCUUGAUGGUAAAGCGGUAUACAAAUAAAAAGAGAUAGUGCAUUGUAUCACCGAUUACUAGUCUAAUAUUUUCUCAACACAAAUGUCAGAUUCCUCGUUGGUACUUACGGAAGGAAUCUCUCCCCUCGUAUCUACAGAGAUGAACCAGACAUUAACUUCUCCUCCAACAACACUGGUAAUACAAGAAACGCUAUUCUCGAUCCAUCUCGAUAAAGCUCCGCGAGCAGACGGAUUCUCGGCAAGCUUUUACUAUUCCUUUUGGGACAUAAUAGACGAUGAUUUUGUCAAAGAUGUUCAAGCUUUCUUUGCUUCAGGAUCUCUAGAUCGUGACAAAAUGAGACACACGUUCGCCUCAUUCCGAAGGUCAGUGGUCCGAGGAAGGUCGCAUACUACAGACCGAUUUCUUUAUGUAACACGCAUUAUAAGAUCAUAGCGAAGGUUCUGACUCGACAACUACAGCCCCUCCUCCUAGUUCUCAUAUCCGAACGUCAAUCAGCUUUCGUCAAGGGUCGCUCCAUCUCUGACAAUGUGUUAAUUACACAUGAGGUUCUUCACUAUCUUCAACACUCGGAAGCAAAAGUCCGAUGCAGUAUGGCGAUUAAGACUGACAUGAGUAAGGCGUUCGAUCACAUUGAAUGGGGUUUUCUCCGAACAACCAUAUCAUGCUUUGGUUUCCAUGACAUAUGGAUCUCUAGUAUCAUGAGUUACGUCACUUAUGUCUCUUACUCGUACCUCAUCAAUGGAGCAGUGCAAGACCCGACGAGAGGAAUCCGGUAAGGGGACCCGCUGUGCCCAUACCUCUUCAAUCUUUGUUCUGAGGUGUUAUCCAAACUCUGUAGGAAGGCUCAGCUACGAGGAGAUGUUAUCGGAGUUAAAGUUUCCCAUGGUAGUCCGGCUAUUAACCACUUACUCUUUGCGGAUGAUAAAAAAAGUUGUGUAGGAUUGAUCUCGGUUUUGAGGAAAUAUGAGGAAGCCUCUGGCCAAUUCAUCAACUUGGUGAAGUCAGUUAUAACGUUCUCAGCCAAGACCCCAUGAGACACCAAAAUACCCGUGCGUGAGUAGUUGUGGAUUAUUAAUGAAGGAGGAAAUGGCAAGUACAUUGGCCUCCCAGAGCAUUUUGGGACGAAGAAACGAUAUCUUCGCACCUCUAGUGGAUCGAAUGAGGCAUCAUGCCCAUAUUGGGACCUCCAGAAACCUCUUCGGCGUCAGAAAGAUGGUAUUCUUAAAGGCGGUACUAGCCGCUAUGCCGACUUACUCAAUGUUCUGCUUCAAGUUACCAAUGUCACUCUACAAGCAACUUCAGUCGGUUCUCACGAGGUUCUGGUAGAAAAUGUGUUGGGUUUCAUGGGAAAAUCUCACCUUGCCAAAGAACUCGGGAGGGCUUGCCUUGGAGAAAUCACUCAAUUCAACGACGCUAUGCUAGCUAAGAUCGCUUGAAGAAUUUUAAUGGAACCAUCAACUCCACUAGCUAGGACUCUACUGGGGAAAUACUAUCUCAGCUCAACCCUUCUGGCCUCAACAGCAUCGUCUGAUGCCUCCCACGGUUGCGAGUAAUCCUACUGGGUCGGAACCUUUUAGUCAAAGGACUAAAAUGGGUAAUUGGCUCUGGUUCGAUCGUCAAUCUAUAAAUGGAACCAUGGCUGUCAACUGAAGAGCCGAUGACUCCAAUAGGACCUCCGACAGCCGAUAACCAAGCAUGGAAAGUAAGAGACCUCAUUUUCCCUGAGACAAAAGACUAGGAUACUGCUAUAAUCCGUAACAACCUCCCUCAGUAUGAAGAUCGCAUCUGCAAGCUCAUUCCUUGUUCUAUCAACAUGCCUGAUGAAAGGGUUUGGUUACCAAAUGCUUCAGGAGUAUACACCACCAAGUCCAUAUAUGUCAUCGCCAAACUUUGACAAGUGGAGACAUCCCCAAAGAUGAAACAUUUUUUUCUGGAAGGCAAAUAGCAGAGCCUCCCUGUUAGCUCUGUUUUGGAAAGCAGAGGUUUAUCUGUAGCGCCCAUCUGUAAGCGUUGUGGAGCUCGAGAAUCUGAACUCCAUGUCCUCCAGCUCUGUCUCUUCGCCACGAAAGUUUGGGACCUUGUUCCAUGUCUUUUCAAACCAACUAAUAUUGGGAUAGAGUAUGUUUAUGAUCUCCUCGAAAAAUGUCGCAAGAUGAUCUCGCUCCCACUGGAUUAUGUGGACAAAUAGAAACAAGCUUCUGUUUGAAAACAGAGAGUUCUCAGAGGACAAUACGGUCCUGAAGGAGAUUCAGGUUGCUCGAGCUUGGAAGGCGGCUCAGACUACUGUCACAAACCCUUCCCUACCAUAGUAUGUUGUUCCUCUAGUUAAAUUAGAAGCUGCCAAUUCAUAUACUUGGUCUUCCUUCUCAGAUGCAGCUUGGGAUCCAGCUUCAGGAAACUAUGGAAUCGGAUGGCAACUUCGUGACUCUGACGAUUUCAUCGCAUAAACCUCUUCCUCACACCUGCGCUUUGUUCUUUCUUUGGCGGUUAAGGCUGCACUCGUUGUUGAAGUAUAUUCUCAAGUACGGAACCUUCUCGUGUACUCGUACUCCAAGAAUCUUGUUUCACUUUUGAAGACUCAAGGACAAGAUGUAGCUCUAUAGGGUGUGCGUCAUGAUAUUAGGAUCAUGUUUCACUCUUUAGACUCUAUUUAUUUUCAUUACAAUCCAUGCUUAGCUAAUGUUGAUACUAAUUCACUUGCUAAAUCAGCCUUGUAUUGUAUUUCUGUCUCUGCACCACACAAUAACAUUCUCCCUUUAAUCAAUGAAUGUUUGCUCAAAAAAGUUUUUUGUUUCUCUUUGUAAGUGGUGUGAUUAGUAUCUUGAUAUUUUAUUCAAAACUUGAGACUCCUUUUUACAAGUGCCAGAAGUAAAAUUAGGAAAGAAAGAUUUUAACUUUAUGAGCUUCAGUUCAGGCUUAUUAUUUUUGGUCAAUUUCUGCUUAACUGCUGAAAGAAAUUAAGUUCAUUGCCGUCUCAUCUUCUACCAAUGAGAAAUUUUAGUUAUGUGGGAUUGUUUUUGUCGUUCUGAAUGUGUUUCUUCUACAUAUUUUUUUAAUUAAUCUAAGAAUAUCCUAGAUUUUUGGAAGGGUUCAAUUAAUCUUGAAAAUGAGGUGCAGUACAUGGAUAAACUUUUCUCUUGAUAUUCAAAUGAAGCCUAAAGUAUGGAUUUAUAUUCAUGUGGCCAUAAGGUGAAGUGGAGUGGAGUGUUUUUGAAUCCGGGUUGCAUAUCUCCCCAAGCCCACUUAACGCUAAACCACAAUAUAGGACACGACUAGUAAGACAGUCAUAGACUCACAGGCUUUGCUCUUGCUAUUUCCCCAGAGAUUAUGUAUUAAAAAUUAUAGUGUUAUUGGGACAUUAUUCUCUUAUAGGACAUAACCCACUUUUUAUAUUCUCUUACAACCUAACAUCUUUGGCAUGACUCCAAUGAAAGAAAAUUACUAUAAGGGCCUUAAUGAAUGGAUGAUUUACACCAUUGAAUGAAAACAAAAUGAGCCACACGAUUUGUCCUUCCUCUCUCUCCUCCUUACACGGGACCCACCCUUCUUCUUCCUCUCUUCAAUUAACAAAACAACCACCAUUCUUCCUCACUUCAAUUCUUCACUUCAAUUCUACACCAAACAAUAUCUCUUUUGAGAGAUUGGACGAAGAACAACAUAAACAUCCACAACAAAUCGUGUAUCUUCCUCCAUAGAUGAACUUGGGUAACUAUGGAUAACAACAGACGCGUGGUGAUAUAUUUUGAUCAAGGGGGUAGUUAUUCAGAUGUGGGAGAUGAAGUUCGAUGGAAGCGGAAAGACCGACAUAUUUCUACUUUAGUGUUUACGAUGAGAAGUGAUGAGGAGGUGACUUACUCUCAGUUGGUUGAUAGAGUAUGCAGGAAAAUGAAGAUUGAUGUAGCUUCGUCCAAGAUUCAGCUGAGUUACUUUCCAUUUGGAAUGGAUGAUAAGAGGCCAUGUUACAUCUUCGAUGAUGAAGAUGUUUUAGGAUAUUUAUUGGAAGUCGAAAAAAAUCAGAGGCGUACUGUCUUGCACGUGGAGCUCAUAGAAUAUGUCUCACAAAACCAAAGUAACGAGAUGUUUUCUAGGGAUGAGGAAAUUAUUAGUGAUGCAAGAGCAAAUGAUGAUAUGGUUGGUCUUAAGGAGUUGACGACUAUUCCUCAUAUUCAAGAGGAUGAGAAUGAGAAAGGCGAUGACGUGGGUACUGAAAGAGAUGAUAUGGAGAAGUUGGUAGUUGUUACACCAGCUGAAACACCAGUUGUACAUUUCGAGUGGGAUGACGGUAUUGACAUGGCUUUGCACCAAGAAUUUGAAACUAAGCAUGAAGUGAGAGAUUUAGUGGACAAAGCUGUGCAUAAGAAUUGUUUUGAGGUUGAUAUAGUGAAGUCGAUGCCUCGACUUUACGUAUUAAAGUGUUGUGGGGUUGGUUGCAAAUGGUAUUUACGAGCUGCAAAGCUGAAAAACUCGGAUUUUUUCACUAUAAAGACGUAUCGGAAGAUGCAUACUUGCGUUAGGAUAGAGGAAAGUGCAACCAAGAAGGGGAAAAGAGGCACACCAAGCUUGGUCGCAUCUGUGUUGCAAGCUGAUUAUCCAGGAAAAUACAAGACUCCAGCACCAAAGGAUCUCAUAGAUUUGGUUGAGAACAAAUUGGGUGUUAGGGUUUCAUAUGCUACGGCUUGGAGAGGAAAAUACAAAGCUAUCAACGAUCUGCGUGGGAACCCAACAGAGAGCUUUGCUAGACUGCCGUCUUACUUGUACAUGUUGGAAAUGUUGAAUCCUCGUACUGUCACCCGCUUAGUAGUGGAUGAGAAGAACCAGUUUAAGUAUGUGUUAUUCGCGCUCGGAGCUUGCAUUGAAGGAUUUAAUUCCAUGCGGAAAGUGAUAAUUAUGGAUGGAACUCAUCUGAAAGGUGUGUAUAAAGGAGUGCUUCUUAUUGCCACUGCUCAAGAUCCAGAUCAUCAUCAUUAUCCCCUCGCUUUUGCUGUAGUAGAUGGUGAAAAAAAUGCAAGUUGGAGUUGGUUUUUGACUACAUUGAAAACCUUGAUACCAGAUGAUCCCCAACUUGUAUUCUGCACUGAUAGAAACCAAAGCAUCAUCAAGACAGUACACGAGGUCUACCCAUUGGCGAUCCAUGGAUAUUGCAUAUAUCACUUGGCUAAUAAUGUGAAAGGAGCAUGCAGCCAUGUUAGGAAAGAUGUGGUUGUCCAUGAGUUCAAAAAAAUUGCUGGUAUUUACACAGAAAAAGAGUUUAAAAGAAAAUAUAUUGAUUUCAGAAGAAGGUAUCCUCAGGCCGCUGAGUAUCUUGAUGAGAGUGUGCAUGAGAGCAAAUGGGCAAGAUGUCAAUUUCCAGGAGCAAGGUACAACAUAGAUACAACCAACACUGCUGAAUCUAUGAAUGGUGUUUUCAAGGAACAAAGGAAUUAUGCACUGCUGCCAAUGAUUGAUGAGAUCGUGAGGAAGAUUAUAGAAUGGUUUAAUAGAUACCGACAAAUUUCUAUAGGGGUUCCAUAGAGGCAGCUAUUUGUCCCACGUGUGCAUGUUGAAUUGCAUGAGAACUGUCUGAUUGCAAGAACACUUCACGUGGAGGUGCUAAACACAUUUGAACGUCAGUACAAUGUUACUGGUACGGAUGGGAAAGGUUAUUUGGUUGAUUUGAUCAACAAAACAUGUGACUGUCGACAUUUUGAAAUUGACCGGUAUCCUUGUGUGCAUGCGCUUGCUGCGAUCAUGAAGUAUUGCAGAACUACAACAGAUGAUACGCUAGAGCAGUUGGUUGAAAAUUAUUGUUCUAAGUAUUAUUGGAUGGAGCAGUGGACAUUGGCAUAUUGUAGGACAAUAUAUCCAGUGCCUCAUCAUUCAUCCUGGCAAGUUCCUGAGGAAAUACAAUCUCAGGUUGUGUUCCCGCCGUAUGUGGAGAAAAAAAAAGGAAGAUUACAAACUACUAGAUUCCCAUCUGCGGGAGAAUAUCGAAGGAAGAGAAAGAAAAAGUAUGCACCAUUCUCGGAGUGGCUUGGUGACAGCAGUGACAAAGAUGACAACGACAACGACAACGAUGACAUCGAUUACGAAGAAAGCAGCAAUGAGGGAAGUGACAGCGAAGGAAGUGGUGACGAGAGAGGUGACAACGAAGGAAAUGAUGAAUGACUCUAACUUAUGUGUUAUGGAACUUGCUUAUAUGUUGUGAGUCUUACUUAUGUGUUAUGGAACUUAUUUAUGUAUUGUGGAACUUAUUUAAGUGUUGUGGAACUUAUGUAAUGUGUUGUUUCUGUUAGGUACGACAGGUACAACUGGUAAAAUUUCAUAUAACAUAACAAUCAUGUUUAUGUGUUGUCGUACUGGUACAACUAGUAUAACUAUAUGAUGUAAUACUAGUACAAUUAGUACAACUACAUUAUAUACACGAGGAAGGAAAUAC